AUGUCGUCGAAGCGGGCCUCGAGCGCCUCCGCGUCGGUCUUACCCGUCACCACGCCUGCUGCCGCCGCCUCGGCCGCGUCGCUCCAGUUGAACGUCACCGCCUCAAUAUCGCCGUUGCUGCUGAGCAGCACCCCAUCGAGCAGCACCCGCGCCGCCGCCUCCUGCUCGUUAUUAUGGCUACUCUUACUUUUGCUGCUGCUGCUGCCGCCGCCAAUCUCCUUCAUGGAGGAGGGUGAGGAAAGGGACUUCGUCGGCAGCGUUGUGACACGCAGCACAAGCGUCGCGUCUGUGGCGUCCUUCAGCAGGUGCUUCACCUUGAGCGCGUAG